ACCCGCUAAACAGCCUCAACCUCCAGAUAGGCUCAAGGCUGAAACCAGAUAGAUAGAUAGAAAGGAAGAAAAAUGGCGAUCUCUGCACUAACUGUAGCAACUGUCAAACCCCAAACCCUUCAAACCCACCAUCCUAAACCCUCUCUCUCCUUCAAACCCAUCGCUAAUUGCAUUUCUUCAACAAAGAGACCAGUAUUGGAUGUGGGUAUUGGGCUUUUGGCAGCUUCAGUGGUGGCUUUGUCUCCAUUGGAGGCAACUGCCACAAGAAUCGAGUACUACGCCACUGUAGGAGAGCCCAAUUGUGAGCUCAACUUUGCAAAGUCCGGGCUGGGUUACUGUGAUGUUGCAGUGGGAUCUGGUGAGGAGGCUCCUUUUGGUGAGCUUAUCAAUGUUCACUACACUGCAAGAUUUGCUGACGGGACAGUCUUUGAUAGCAGCUACAAACGUGCCAGACCUCUCACUAUGCGAAUUGGUGCUGGAAAGUUGAUUAAGGGACUGGAUCAGGGAAUUUUAGGGGGUGAAGGAGUACCUCCAAUGUUAGUAGGUGGAAAGCGGAAGCUUCGGAUUCCUCCAGCGUUAGCAUAUGGGCCAGAACCUGCAGGCUGCUUUUCUGGUGACUGCAAUAUACCUGCCAACGCUACUCUUCUUUAUGAUAUUAAUUUUGUUGGCAUCUAUUCGGGAAAUGCGAAGUGAAGGAAGCCAAUUCAUGCAAAAGCUGAUAGAUGAGAAGCCUAGUGCAUAUUCAAGUGAGUUUCCUGACCACUCAUCCUCAAGUGGCUUUCAUAUUGUUAUAUGGAAGCUGAGAUGGGAUCCAAGCAUUAUAAACACCUUUAUUAUUGCCCACAUGACCUGCAAAUUAAGGACAAGGACCUUAGAUAAAUGGUUCCUUCUAAUACUUCUUCUUUUUUUUUUUUAAUUUUUUAUGCAUUGUGUCUGCAUAUGAUCAUAUCACAGCAUGUCAUCUUAUCCUUAGUUACCUUGGCAAUACCACAUCAUAUUCAAGCUUGCUUUUGCCAUGAUUAAGCCCAUACUUAAAGUCAUGGUUCUAUAAGACCUAUGCUUUAAUGCUAAUAGUCCAAAGGAAGUCACUGUGCAUAGGAAGAUAUUGAAGCAGUUUGGUAUGCAUUCUGCAGUUUAGCUUCAAAAUCCUGCAGGCAUGUGCCAUUUAGCAGUGAAAUAACACCUGGAAAAUAUGUAAGAUUGCUUGAUUUUUGGAUAACACUAAAUGAGACUAGUGCUGACAUGCAAUCUAUCUUUGAUCUUCUGUAUUUAUCUAAAAUUGAUUUUUUGAAAGUUUAAAGCAGGGGAAUCCAGAUUUGGUUAGGCUAAACUGAAACAGAAGGCAGAAUAUGGCUCAAACCCGUCACCUUAUUCAAAAAGCUGCAAUGCCCCUUGCUGGCUAAUUCAGCUUGGUGUGCUCGGUCCUGGGAAUUCUUCUAUCCUUUACUGGGGUAAUUGACCGCCCUAUUGAUUAAAUAAUAUAUAUGCAUUUGCACAUAGCAUACAGCUUGAUUACCUAAAUGUAUUUAUUUGGGAUACUGUUGUUUAAAUUCAAUUUUGUAUCAAAUUCCUUACAUUAAUAUGCCCUUUUGGGGUUGUUUCUGGAGCUGUUUUAUUAUACAUCUGAAAACUUUAUCAUCA